GAAGGCGCUCGCCGGAUGCUCCUGUACACGCUCAGGUGUGUUUGACGCUCCUUCAUCUCCCGCAGUUGAGUCAGAUCAGAGUGAUCCAGCAGGAAGAGGAGCCUCAACAACAACUCUCAAAACUCAACGAUGUUUGGUAGGAGAUCGUUGUUAGCCGCCCUGCUCGCUGUGGCUGUUGGCGUUUACCUGCUGCCUUCACCCAUAGACCCCAAACCACAUGUACUGAAGGGGCCUCCUCCGGCCCUCGAGGGGCCGCUGGCCGUCAACACCCGACUGCAGAAGGGCCGCAGGCUGUUCACCGGGAAACUACACGGACCAGAAUCCUUCACUUCCGAUGAGGAAGGUAACGUGUACACAGGAACCGUCGACGGGAAGCUGUGGAGGAUCGGUCCUGAUGACAGCCUCACCCUCAUCACACAGAUGGGACAGAAUUUACCAGAAUGUGGCAGCAGCACAGACUUCGAGCCCGUGUGCGGUCGUCCUCACGGCGUCCGUCUGGAUCGUCACGGCCAGCUGAUCGUCGCAGACUCGUACUUCGGGCUGCACAGCGUCGACCCCAAAACCGGAGAGAAGACUCUGCUCCUGGCUAACUCACAGGGUGCUGACGGCGUUCCCUUCGCCUUCCUUAACGGCCUCGAGAUUUCCUCCCAAACUGGGAUCAUCUAUUUCACCGACUCGUCCAGCCGCUGGGGGCGCAGGCACGUCAAACUAGAGGUGAUCGAGCUGAACAGCCUCGGUCGUCUGCUCGCCUUCGAUCCUCAAACAGGAAGUGUGAAGGUUCUGCUGGACUCUCUCUACAUGCCCAACGGCAUCGUCCUGUCGCCUGACGAACACUUCCUGCUGCUGGCCGAGACGAGCAUCGGACGCAUACUCAGAUUCUGGCUGAAGGGCCCAAAGGCCGGUACCAAAGAGAUCAUCAUGGACAACAUGAUCGGUUACCCUGACAACAUCCGCCUCAGCGACCACGAGACCUUCCUGGUUGGAAUAACGACGACGCGGUUCAGGAAGCUCACGCCUCCCUUCCUGGACAUGAUCGCCCCGUACCCGGCCGUCAAACGCUUCCUGGCCAAGCUGAUCCCUCUGAGCUGGUACAACGCCCUGCUGCCGCGCUACGCUCUGGUCCUGGAGCUCGGGUUGGACGGCGAGAUCGUGGGGACGCUGCACGACCCGGGAGGCCAGCUGACGUGGGCCAUCAGCGACGUCUUCCAGCACCGAGGGAGGACCUACCUGGGCAGCACCGACCUGCCGUUCCUGCCCGUCCUGGAGGGAUGGGACAGCUGAUGACGGACACACGGGAAAAAACUAAACGUAGGACGAUUCGCUUUUAUUAUCUGGACAGUUUAAGAUUCUGAACAUGAUCGAGCGGCUGAUGGUUCUGGAGGUUCCGGAGAGACGUGUGACUCAAACCCGGCUGGAGUUCUGCCCGUGACUGACAACAACGUUUCUCAGCAGGAAGUUCUGACCCAAUGCAGCAGAAUAAACUUCACAUGAAGAGGUGAUAAGUAGACCAGCUCCAGAUCGGAUCACGAGCUGUUUUUGGACUCGGUGUUGCUCUGAAACAUUGGAUCCAUCCGCCACACGGUCCAUUAGUAGUUCUGUGUGCGAGAUUAAAUUAUUUUUCCUUUGAAUUAAUUUGAUUCAAUCUCUCUGUGUCUCGGCCUGGACGGUCAAAACAUUUCUCCGUGAGGAAUUUUUAAUUAGCCCUGAAAAUCUGAACAUUAGACUGACUGAAGACUGUGAGAAUCUUCUCUACUAACACUGUAAUGUAAAGGUAGUUUUAAAAAUAAAUAUUUUGUAAUUUA